UCGAGUGUAGUUCACUCGAGCAGCCUCUGAAACAAACGAGGAAUAGGAAGAUGGCAUCCACUGAGCAACCUGAUCCACCAACACAGCCUGGCCUUCCACCUGGAGAUAGUGCAACAGCUCCCCCCAGAGAAGCACUGAUUACCACUGCUGUAAAAUUUCUACAGAACCCAAAAGUAUGUCAGAGUCCCUUGGCCACCAGAAAAGCUUUCCUGAAGAAAAAAGGGCUGACAGAUGAGGAGGUCGAGUUGGCCAUCCAGCGCUCUGGCAGCACAGAAGAAGUCCUGCCUCUGAGCCCUGUGGGGCCCCCACAUCCUCUUCACGCAACUCAACUGGUUCCUGCAACUCACAGUCCAGCAGGCUACAGAUGGAGAGACUAUGGUGCCCUCACCAUCAUUAUGGUGGGCAUCGCCUUUGGCUUUCAUCAGCUUUACAAGAAAUACAUCCUUCCCCUCAUUAUGGGCAGCCGAGAGGACAAGAAGCAUCUGCAGAGGAUGGAAAGCAACAUUGCGGCAAUGAGUGGCACGCUGACACAGACAGUAAGCCAGCUGCAACAGACGCUGGUCUCCGUCCAGGAGCUUCUGAUCCAGCAGCAGCAGAGAAUCCAGGAGCUCUCUCAGGAACUGGCUGCAUCAGAGGCAUCAUCUUCAACCAACCGUAUCCUGGACAACCAAACAAUUGGAGAGCUGAAGCAAGAGAUAGUCUCUUUGAAGGGCUUACUGCUCAGCAGGAGACAGUUCCCCUCCACUCCCACUAUUCCUAAGAUCCCCUCGUGGCAAAUUCCCCUGAAGCCGCCUUCAGCAUCCAGCUCGCCGUCCAUUAACCACACCAACAGCAGCAGCGACAUCUCCCCUGUCAGUAAUGAGUCAGCCAACACCUCCCCCAUCAAAGAUGGACACCACAGCCCUCAGGAUGCACUACUGGGGGGGCCUGAUGGAGCUCACGGUAUCAAUGGAGAUGUCGGCACCGUGGUCCUCAGCACAGUGCUGCCCCUGGACCUGAAGGACCAGGUCCGCAUGGAGGUGCAGGGGGAGGAGGAGAGGAAGGAGGAAGAGGAGGAGGAUGAUGUCAGCCAUGUAGAGGAAGAGGAGGAGGAGGAGGAGGAGGAGGAGGGUCUAAGCAUGCAGACAGAGGAUCGGCGAGGUGGAGACGGACAGAUUAAUGAACAGGUGGACAAACUGAGGCGGCCCGAGGGUGCCAGCAAUGAGACUAACAAGAAGAGUCCAUGAGUGAGAAGGAGGGAUAUCAGCGCUCGUGCCAUUUCCACCUCCAUCACAUGGCCUUCAUAGGAACACAGAAAAGGUAGAGGGACGCUGAACAUUUCUGUGUGACACCAGUCCUAGUCUACACAUUCUUUUUUUAGUUAUGUUGAUUGGAUUUAGGUUAAGUGUCAAAUGAUAACAACAAUACUGCAGUAUCCUGUAAAUGAUAUAUAUUUUUGAUUUAGUAAGAAUGAAUUUGUGUGGAUGUAUAAGGUUGGUUAAAAGAAGUACAAAAUCAAGUGGUGUAACUUUCGCUUCAUAGCACUGUGGUUUCAGUGAUCAGUCCUCUCUGUAAGCUGCUGAUCACUAUCUGAGUGUAAGACAGAAGUGUACGUAACUGUAAUAAAUUUGGUUCAUUUCAACAAGAAACUGCUUUAUAUUUAUUUGAAACCAGCUGGACACAAAAUACACACUGCUGUAUGUUGCUAUUAAAGGACAAACCAAGUA